AUGAUGAUGAAAGCAGUAAGAGAAACAGAGACGGCGAUGGCGACGACGUGGCGGUGGGAGGAUGAGGAGGAGGAGGUUUCGGGAAAGAGUAGAGAAGAAAUGUUGGCUGGGAAGGAGGUGAGGGCAGUUGGGGAGGGAGGGGAGGGUGGCGGGGAGCGAGAGGAGGACGAGGGAAAGAAAGGGUUGGUGGAGAAGGUGGCGGGGGUGGUGGUAACAAGUGGUGGUGGUGAAGGAGACGAUGAGCAAGAGGAUCAGAAGAGUGAGGGCCGGCAUUGUGGUUGUCAGAGUUGA